CGAUAUAUCAUCCUAAGCGACUUUCUUGAAACCAAAAUCUUAGACAAAACCAAAAAAUGAGGAAGUUGAGUCUUUGCUUAUUAGUGCAACUAAUUAGCAUCUGGCUGACCACUGGAGCUUUUGCAAAGCAAUGUGGCAGCAAAGUUGAAGAUGUUGGUGGUGCCAAUGCCGUGGUGGGACAAUCAGCAAAUAAUGUGAGAGCAACAUAUCAUUUCUAUAAUCCACAGAAUAUAGGGUGGGAUUACAUAAGGGCGAGUGUUUACUGUGCUACUUGGGAUGCUAAUAAGCCAUUGGCAUGGCGAAGAAAGUAUGGUUGGACUGCUUUCUGUGGUCCCUCUGGUCCUCAAGGCCGACCUGCCUGUGGCAGGUGCUUGCGGGUGACAAAUACUAGGACCAGGGCACAGGUAACAGUGAGAAUUGUGGACCGAUGCAGUAAUGGAGGGCUAGAUUUGGAUGUCAAUGUUUUUCGUCAAAUCGAUACCGAUGGAGUCGGAAACCAGCAAGGCCAUCUCAUUGUCAAUUACCAGUUCGUGAAUUGUGGUAAUGGCCUCGAUGUUCCUCUACUUUCUGUAGUCGACAAAGAGCAAAUAUAAAACAGAACAUGAGAAGCAAUACUAGUGUUUCGUGAAUGUAAUUAUAAUGUAUCAGCCUUGAUAAAGUAUGUAAGCUGUUUUGGCACUCCUCAGAUGCUUUUUGGGCAUUAUAAGCCAAAUAAAGAUGGGGCUUUUUUAUGUAA